AUGAUCCUCACAGAGGAGGUGGCGAAGUUAUUCAGCGGCUUACAAAAGGCUUUGCGCGAUGCAGAAGCCGACCUUAAGGAGCUUGCAAGCUCCCAGCAAACGAAGCUGGAGAAGGCGCUCUCCGAGGCGGAAGAGUCCCGGGACGAGGUGGAUAGGCAAAGGACCAAGCUCGAGGAUGUCCGCGACGAAGCUCGCAAAGCUCGCCAGGAAAAGCUUGAUGUGGAGGAGAAGCUGGACCAGCACGUCGAGAAGUUCAACAAGAAAAGGGACCAGAACCGCAAGCUCAUGGAACACAUCCGCGAACUGGAGUCCGAGAUCGACACGCUGCAGGGCCAGCUGGAGGAGACAAAGCUAGGGCCAAAGAAGAGCAAAAGCCCGGAGAACGAGGAAUCCCCGCUACGGCGGAAAAAGACACGAGAACCGGAGCUGGUUGACCUGGAGGCUGAAGAAGAGGGUGGCAAAGAGGAGAAGGACAAGGACGACGAGCAAUCCGAGGAGAAGAAUCGUUCUCCCGAGCGCCGAAAGUCCGUGAGCCGCAGCAGGAAAGCCAACCGCGAUCGCAGCCGCGGUGGUGAGCGAGAUCGAAGCCGGGAAAACAACCGCGAUCGCAGUCGUGGUGGUGAGCGAGAUCGAAGCCGGGAAAACAAAAAGGAGGUAGCUCGGUCGAGGGAGCCGCGGCGGCGUUCGGCGAGCCGCGAUGCCAAACGCGACCGCAGUCCGCAGGAGGACAACCGCGACAGGGAUGCUCGCAGGCGGUCCCCGCGAAGCCGCGAGAAAAAGGCCGAGCGUUCGCGCGAGCGCUCGCGCGAGCGCUCACGCGAGCGUUCACGCGAGCCUCGCCGGCGUUCUUCGCAUAGCCGCGAUGCCAAGCGCGACCGUAGCCAGAAGGACCGUUCCAGAGAACCGCGUCGACAGUCGCGCCGACGAUCGUCGCACAGCCGCGACGGAAAGCGUGAACGCAGCCGACAGGCAGAUCGGUCCCGAGAGCCUCGGCGAAGAUCUUCUGCUAGCCGCGAUGCCAAGCGCGAUCGAAGCCGAGAGGACGGCCGCGACAGGCAUGACAGGUCGCGGUCCCGUGGCUACAGAAGGCGGAGCCGAAGCCGGGACAUGGGACGAGGCGGCAAAGGUGGUGGCAAGAGCAUUCCGAACCUUUGCUUCCUCUAUGUUAUUGACAAGUGCCGCAAAGGUGACCGAUGUGAAGCGAGACACCCCGACGAUCGUGAGUGCCGGAUGCUUCGAGAUAGGAUGGAAAACACCCCGUGCAAGUUCGGCGCGGACUGCACUCGCAAGGACUGCGUCUUUAAGCAUCCUGAGGGCUACAGGAAGCCUGGCGGCGGGGGUGACCGCGACCGUGACCGCGACGAAAAAAAGCGAGGCCGAAGCAGCAGCUAG